AUGGGUAACCUCCUGGUUCAAGGAUGGCUUCUUGCUGCUAUCUUUAUACAGAAUGGUAUUGCCGCAACAGUUCCUAUUGAGCCAUCCGUGGCCCUCACGCCCGUUGUGACUGCUACACCUAGCCCCAUAGCGGACAACCACCACGUCCACCACCACAUCCACCACCAUUGGACUCACAUCCCAAGGCCAUUGCCUAGUCGCGGUCCUUGUCGCCCUGUUUCUUCGUCGGCUGUUUCAUCUUCCAGUGCCGUUCCUUCAUCAUCGGUUGCUUUGGUCUCCAGUGUCAUUGUCUCUUCAUCUCCUGUUUCAACUCCUCAUUCGAGACCAGUCCAUAGCCAUUCGCACCGGCCGCACUGGAGCUAUACUAUUAAGCCUUUGCCACACAGCAGCUCAAUUUUGGCUUCGUCCUCUGUAGCUGCUCAGGCUUCCCCAGUCGUUGUUUCUACACCCGCUGUCGAGCCCUCCACUACCCCUGUUGCAUUCAGUACUCUGCAACCCACAGGCUCCAUCCCCAAAGGGACCCCCACUGGGCUUGUCUCAACAGCUUCUUCUGACCACACCUCUGCUGAUGCAGCUUCUACCUCUGCACCUUUUGCAUCCGGCGAACUUCAGUCGAACAUUCCCUCUGGAUCUUCCGCAGCGUCUUCACCCCUUGGAGGAAUUCAGACAAACGUUCCCUCUGGGUCUUCCACCUUGCAGUUGACCACAUCGACGGUUCUUUCUACCCGCACAGCUACAAUCACUGCCUGUCCUACUACAGUCCCCAACUGCCCUGCCAACUCCAAGACAACCUUUGUUACUACGGAAACCAUCGUAGUUUCCACCACCAUCUGCCCUGUCACCGAGGCUGCCGGUGCUACCCAAACAUCACCUGCCUCUCCAUCUGCAACUGGAAAUGCAGGUGGCUAUGGCAAUGGCAACGAUGGCUCUGAUUUCACGACGUCUACUGUCUACAGCACUCGGACUGCCACCAUCACCGCCUGCCCUUCCUCGGUGACAAACUGCCCUCUGAGAUCCAAGACCACCUAUUUGACCACCGAAACCCUAGUCGUCUCCACCACUAUCUGCCCCGUCUCAGAAGCUACUGGUACUAGUAGUGCCAUUGCCACCAACCCCGCAGGUUCCGCUGCUACUACUGAAGCAGCCCAACAGGGCGACAAUGGAGGUUCAGAGCUCACCACAUCCACCAUCUUUGCCACGCACACAGCUACCGUCCUUGCUUGCCCCGAAUCUGUCACUGACUGCCCGCUGAGGUCAAAGACCCGUUCCGCAACGACCCAGACAGUAGCUGUCGCAACCACCGUCUACCCUGUAGUGGCAACUCAAGCUUCUAUUCCAGCCGGAGUGACCGGCACAGUCACCGCUGUUGUUACUGCCGCCAACAACCAAGCCAGCGAUGCCAAUGGCUCAUCCCAAUCCAAUGCAGGCUCGGACGUGGACGCAACUUACACUACCACUAUCGUGGUCGAAUCAUGCUCCGAUGACGAUACGUGCACUGGAUACAUCAACACCAUUGUGAUGACCCAGACCGGUGCCGCCGCGUCCACUGCUACCCCUUCUUCCUACGUUCCUCACUUUGUCUCAGGAGCCGGAAACAACCGCACUGUCUCAGUCUCAGCCUCUUCGACUCCUAUCUGGUCUCAGACCAGCCAGUCGAGUGGAAUGGUCACAGCCACUGUGUCCAGCACUACCAGUGCCGUGAGCCCCUUGUAUACCGGCGCUGCGUCUGCACGUGCUGGGUGGUCUAUCCUGCAAAUGGUGGGCUCGGCGAUGGUAGUCCUGGCUGCAGCAGUUGUUGUUUAA